AUGUUAUAUACUUUGAUAUUUCUGCUAUUUUCAACAAAUCUAGUCUUAUCUGCUAGACAUCCAGCUCUCCCACCAUUUUUAUUGGGUAGACCAACAGCUGGCGGAUUUUUGAGACACGCUGAUAAAUUGCACAAUUUUGAAGAAUUUGAUGGAGCUAUAGCUGGGUUGACUCAAAAAACAAUUCAACAACCAGUUGAUAACUUUCAAACAUCAAAUGGUGAAACCUAUGAACAGGUUGGUGAAAAUCUAACAAGUUUCUCUAAAUUUUUGAUGGUUCUAGAGAUAUUGGUACAAUGGAAAUUACACACAAAACAAGAAUAUUGUUUUUUUGAUGAUUCAAGGAGAAGGUCCCGCUACUGAUAGAUGGGUUAGCUAUCCUGGAUAUCAAUAUCUUCAAUGGGCCAAAGAAUUUGGAGCCGAUGUUUUUCAACUUGAGCAUAGAUGUUUUGGACAAUCUCGUCCUUAUAAGUAAGUUAUUUUCAGAACAAAAACUUUGAAAUUUUAAGAGAAAUUUAUUGUUAAAAAAAAAUCUAAAUGUUUCAAUUUUCCAGAGAUACUUCUUUCCCUGGAAUCAAAGUUUGCACAAUGGAACAAGCCCUUCGAGACAUUCACAAUUUCAUCGGAAAAAUGAACACUCAAUAUAAUUUCAAAAAUCCAAAAUGGAUUACAUUCGGUGGAUCAUAUCCUGGAACACUCUCAGCUCUUUUCAGAGCAGAAUUCUCAGGAGAUACAGUUGGAGCAGUAGCAUCCAGUGCACCACUUCAAUGGACACUUGAUUUCUUCCGUGAGUUUGGAUAACUUUUGAGUGGAAAUAUGAAAAUAAUGUUUUUAGAAUAUGCUCAAGUUGUUGAAUCCGUUCUUCGACAAACUGAUGUGAACUGUUGGUCUGCUGUCAACACCGCAUUUACAAAUAUGCAACAAUUGAGUUUGUCAGAAACUGGAAUUUUGAAAUUGAAUGAUUAUUUCCAGUAAGUUGACAUUUGAUUUUUGAAUAUGUAUCUUCAAAAAUUCCAGACUUUCACCACCAUUCCAAACUGGAAAUUACACCCAACGCGAUAUUGAUAACUUUUUUGCCAAUCUUUAUAGUUUCUUCCAAGGUGUUGUUCAAUACACUUAUGAUGGUAGAGUAAGUUUAUUUUCAAAAUAGUUUCUGAAAAUCAAAUUGUCUUUAGAGUGAUGCCACAAUCGGCGGUCUCAAUGUCAAGAAUCUUUGCGGAAAAAUGACUGAUGCUACUGUUCCAGAUGUUAUUACAAGAGUUAACAACACGAUUAAUUGGGUAAAAUAUUCCUAUAUUGAAAAUCUGGAAAAUGUUUCAAAAAAUUGUAGAUCAAUCAAAUGAACGGUGAUCCAGUUGGACCAUUCCAAAAUUCAUAUGACGAUAUGAUGACUGUUUUGAAGAAUGUGACUUUUGAUGAUGAAAGUGCAGUUCCAGGAGAUAUUGCAGCUAAUCGCGGUUGGAUGUGGCUUUGUUGUAAUGAACUCGGAGUUCUUCAAACAACUGAUCAAGGAAGAAACAUUUUCCAACAAACUGUUCCAUUGAAGUGAGAUUAUUUGAAGGGUUAGGGUUGGGAUCGGGAGAGCGUGAUGAUACUUCAAAAAAAUGGAAUGUUCUGAAACCUUUAAAGCUUUCAAGAGACUGAUUUUUUAUUUUCCAUUAUUUAAAAAAUCCAAAUUUUCCAGCUAUUUCAUCGACAUGUGUACUGAAAUGUUUGACCCAAGUGUAGAUAUCAAAUACAUCCGAGAUAAAAAUAUCCAAACUUUAUAUGCACAUGGUGGAAAUGCCGGAUAUCAAGCAACUAAUGUAGUUCUUCCAAAUGGACUCUUUGAUCCAUGGCAUGUUCUUGGAACUAACAAUACCGAUUCAGUCAAUCAUAUGACACCAAUCUCAAUUUCAGGUAACUCUUAAAUUUUUGAAGAUAAUUUUAUUGCUAAUUUUUCAGGCGCUGCUCAUUGCUCUGAUAUGUAUCCAGUUUAUGAUGGUGAACCGGUGGCACUGAAAGCUGCCAGACAAACAAUCCACGAUGAGAUCAAAUAUUUCCUAGGAUUAUAA